AUGGAGGCGAAGGCGGCGCCCAAGUCAGCUGCAGGCGGCGCGUGCUCGGUGUCGGCAGAAGAGACCGAAAAGUGGAUGGAGGAGGCAAUGCACAUGGCCAAAGAAGCCCUCGAAAAUACUGAAGUUCCUGUUGGUUGCCUUAUGGUCUACAACAAUGAAGUUGUAGGGAAGGGGAGAAAUGAAGUUAACCAAACCAAAAAUGCUACUCGACAUGCAGAAAUGGUGGCCAUUGAUCAGGUCCUUGAUUGGUGUCGUCGAAGUGGCAAGAGUCCCUCUGAAGUAUUUGAACACACUGUGUUAUAUGUCACUGUGGAGCCGUGCAUUAUGUGUGCAGCUGCUCUCCGCCUGAUGAAAAUCCCACUGGUUGUAUAUGGCUGUCAGAAUGAACGAUUUGGUGGUUGUGGCUCUGUUCUAAAUAUUGCCUCUGCUGACCUACCAAACACUGGGAGACCGUUUCAGUGUAUCCCUGGAUAUCGGGCUGAGGAAGCAGUGGAAAUGUUAAAGACCUUCUACAAACAAGAAAAUCCAAAUGCCCCAAAAUCAAAAGUUCGGAAAAAGGAAUGUCAGAAAUCUUGAACAUGUUCUGAUGAAAGAACCAAGUGACCCAAAGUGACCUGGACAAGAUUCCUAGACUGAAAGCUGUUGACAUCGUUGAAUCAUAUGUUUAUAUAUUGUUUUUAAUCUGUGGGAAAAUGGUGUCUCUCAUCAUUUGCUCUGUUAAGGGAACAAAUUAGCACUUUUUAGAAGUCUGACAAUUGUAAACAAUUGUUAGCUUUUCCACAAGCUGAUUCCCAUUUUGAGAUGGGGGGAAAAUUAAGGUUUGAGGUUUUAGAAAUUAGCAAGUAGUGCGUACCGUUCCAGCCACAAGUGCCCAGUCCAGGCAAGUGCUGACUUUUUAGAGAAUGUGUGGCCAGACCCAGGGGCCUGGAGUGUGUCUUAACUGCAUACAGUGUGCCACCCUGAGAACACCUUCUCCAGGACUGCCAUUUCAGAGUCAGAUUCUUCAUUUUUUGCAGCUACGAUGUUCUCCCAGGUCAAUGAGGGGCUGUGACUUCUCUCUAAAUUGUAUGUAAGUUGUGUAUAUAGAGACCAUAAUUAUAUGGUUCUUAAAAAGACUUUGCUUUUAUAAAGCAUUUAGAGAACAUGCAUAGUUUUAAAACAAGUGCUUGGGUUGUCACUUAAAUUAUAGCGUAUUGCUAUAAUAAAACCUAAUUUAUGUCUUAUUUGAAGAUGAAUAGUCUUCAAAGAUAAAGACUAAAUGGGACAAUUGUUAUUGAGCAAAAAACCAAAUUAUCCUGCCCUCGUGGAGCUUAUAUUCUAGCGAGGGGAGAUAGAUAUGAUAGAUAACACAGUUUAUUGGAGGACAAUAAGAGUUACGGCAAAAAGCAAAAGGAACACAGGGUAAAGAGGAUGGGUGCCAGUCGGUGGUGAGAAUGCUGACUGAAAAAUAGAAUGGUCGGUUUAAUCUGAAACAAACGGUUAUUUCUUUAAAAAUCCAUAUAAUAAAUUUUAAAUCUAAAAUGUAAAACUUUGAACACAACACUAGAAAGGCUAUCCACAGCACGAAGUCCCCAGUUCACCUCCCUGACUAUAGGGCAGCUUUGCACAGCCCCACUGGGCGCACUGUGUGCUUCUGCCCAGAAGGGGGCCUCGCCGUUCCACCAGAAGCUCAGCUCCAGGCCCUGGAGGGGCUGCUGCUCCUCAGUUGCAUUUCUUCAGUAGAUUCAUUUCCUUGAUGCAAAGCAUCUGUAUUUGUUGGUUCUGUCAUUUGAGCGAUGUCUCUGAGUUGUUUGUUUUGAAUUACAUUACAGGCUGGAAUGUAAUUGUGGUGAAAGUAUUUUUAUAUUGCUGAGAGUAGCAGCUAAUCACAGUUACAUGCUUCAGAGGAUUUAUAAUUGCUUGGUUUUGUGUGUGUGUGUGUGUGUGUGUGUUUUUAACUGCAUUUGAAAAGUUUUAUAGAGAAUAUGCAUGAUUUUAAAUCUGUGAUAAUGUUACAUGCACCUUCAAUUUCAUCCACUUUAAAAACUAUCUUCUUAUU